AUGGGUGUUCCAGAUCAAUUUUUAAGAGAGUUACCAAAGUGUGAACAUCACGUACACAUUGAAGGUACUUUAGAAGCUGAGCAGUUAUUCCAAUUUGCCAACAGAAAUAAUAUUAGUCUUCCAGAAGGUUUCCCAGCUACCAUCGAAGAUUUAAAGGCAAAAUAUAACUUUGCUAACUUGCAAGAAUUUUUAGAUCUUUAUUACAUUGGUGCUAGUGUUAUUGUCACUGAGGAAGAUUUUUAUGAAUUAGCUUUUGCUUAUUUCAAAAAAGCUGCUAGCCAAGGUGUUGUCCACGCAGAAAUCUUCUUUGAUCCACAAUCUCACACCUCCAGAGAUGUUUCUAUUGUCACUGUUGUUAGUGGUCUAACUAGAGCUUGUAAGGAAGCCGAGAAGAAGUUUAGUAUUACAACUAAAUUGAUCAUGUGCCUAUUGAGACACACUGCUCCAUCUGAGUGUUCUAAAACUAUUGAAUCUGCCAAGAAAUACAUUAAAGACGGUACUAUUGCUGGUUUAGGUUUGGAUUCUAGUGAAAAAGGUUUCCCACCAAGUCUUUUUGUCGAAUGUUAUGAAGUAGCCAAGAAGUACAAUGCUGAUUUAAGAUUGACAGCUCAUGCUGGUGAAGAAGGACCAGCUUCAUACGUUAUUGAAGCUUUGGAUUUAUUAAAGGUCGAAAGAAUUGAUCACGGUAUUAGAGUUGCCGAUGACGAUAAACUAUUGGAAAGAUUAGCAGAAGAAAAAAUCAUGUUAACUAUUUGCCCUCUGUCUAAUGUUAAAUUACAGGUUGUUGACAAGACUGCUGAUUUGCCAUUACAAAAAUUAUUAGAUUAUGGUGUUCCAUUUUCCAUUAACUCUGAUGAUCCUGCUUACUUCGGGGGAUACAUUUUAGAUAACUUCUAUCAACUAUCUAAAGAAUAUCCACAAUGGGGUUUCUUUACUUGGGGUCAAAUCGUUAAGAACAGUAUCAACGGUUCGUGGUGUGAUGCUAAGAGAAAGGAAGACCUAGUUGAUGAAGUCGAUAAAAUUAUAACUAAAUACGUUAACAGAACUGUCGAUGAAGUGAACAGAAUUGAAGGUAAGAAAUUCUGA